ACUGUCCGUGGAAGGCUUUUGUUCAAGUACAAGAUGGCUGACAUUAUGGCAAACCUGAAGACCUUUCAGCCCGAAUAUGGGUCAGGGACGAAUGAGCCCUUACUGCGUCUGAAAUGCCGUGCCAAAGGUCUGACCGUGAAUGCCUGUGCCCAUGCACUCUUCUUCUGCAAAAUGCUCCAGGCUACCAGGCAGAAAGAGGAGCACCUGAAGAUUGGGAUUAUUGGUGGAGGCCAUAUUGGGAAACAGCUGGCCAGGAUGUUGCUACAGCUGAGCGGCAUUCCAGGAAGAAACAUCCAGAUCUCUACAAGGCGGCCAGAAACUCUAUUAGAAUUCGAGAUGGUGGGAGUUGACUGCUUCUACAACAACAGGCAGCUGGUGGGCUGGGCAGAUGUUGUGUUUCUUUGCUGUCUUCCGUCACAUCUCCUACACAUCUGCUCAGAAAUUCAGGGUGUACUAAAAAAAUGUUGCAUUAUAUACAGCCUAAUCACAGCGAUUCCACUGCCCAGGCUGCAGCAACUUCUUUCCUACAAUUCCAUCUUGAGACCACGGUACACAUUCACAGACAACGGCCCUUUUCCUAUUUGGGAAGCUAACAGGACAGUUGUGGAAACCCUCAAAGACCCAGCAGUUAUUCAGGCUACAUGUCCCUGUAACCCAAAGGGGGAAGUUGUUGUCAAUAUGAAGUGGCUGGCAGCUGUGUUCUAUGCAGCUCUCAAUAGCUACACCUGGCAGCAACUGUCCUAUGCGAAGGCCCUGGUCUUACUCAAUGAAGUGUGCUUUCCUGAGGAUAAAGCCAUUGGCCCUGCGGAAGAUAAAUCACCACCACCAUUUCUAGCUUGUGAAAAUUUUAUUAACCGAGCCUUUGCUCUCUCUUUAGAACCUAACGAUUCCUUCCCUUGCUUUGACCUGACAACAACACAGCUAAAAGACUCGCCUUUUAGCCAGCUUCUUGCAACAAGUACAUCUUUCAAGGACAGCAUUGCCUCCUUCUACUGUAACAUGAUUGCCAUAUCAUCCACAAACAACGAAGAAUCCAUGACAGCUACGUCUACAAGAGUAUCUCUUUCAGCUGUGCUACUGAAUCCCCACAAGUCUUUGAAUCAGAGCACUGAUGAGACUUGUAUAAGAAAAGGAGAAGAAGCAUUGAGUACUGAUUCUGAAGACAUAAAUUAA